CUCCUAGCUCUCCACCCAUCCUCCUCUACCACUUCACACAUCACAGGUAGUAACGACAAACGAGCAGCAAGAUCUCGAGCUCGACGUGUUCCGCAAACAUGGGAGCUGCACCUCGCAGGCUUCUCCUCGGCGUCUGCGCCGUGCUGAUGGCGAUCGCUGUCACUGGCGAGGCAGCGUCGGUCGUGGUCGGCCUGGCCAAAUGCGCCGACUGCACGAGGAAGAACAUGAAGGCCCAGGCGGCUUUCAGGGGUCUUCAAGUUGCGAUCAAGUGCAAGAACGCCAACGGCGAGUACGAGAGCAAAGCAGUCGGUAAGCUUGAAAACUCCGGCGAAUUCACCAUCCCCCUCGCCGCUGACCUCCACGGCGCCGACUGCCUUGCACAGCUCCACAGCCUGGCGGGCGCCCCGUGCCCCGGGCAGGAGCCAUCCAGGAUCGUGGCGCAGUCCGAGGGCACCUUCGUCGCCGUCCCCGGCAAGACACACAGCUCAUCAGCGGAGUGCGCAUCGGCGACCAUCUGCGGCCCGAUCAAGAAGCACUUCUUCGACCACUUCCACAAGAAGCCCGUGCCGCCGAAGCCGAAGCCGCAGCCCGAGCCGCAGCCAGAGUACCACCCUCCCACGCCGACCUACGGGUCGCCGACUCCGAUCUACCAUCCUCCGGCCACGCAUUUAUUUGACAAGAAGCAUGUGUUCGAUCACUUCCACAAGGACCACGACUACCACCACUUCUUCGACCACUUCCACAAGAAGCCUGUACCGCCAAAGCCGAAGCCAGAGCCCAAGCCACAGCCGGAGUACCAUCCCCCGACGCCGACGUACGGAUCGCCAACUCCGAUCUACCAUCCUCCGGCCAAGAACUGAGUCCGUUUCCUGCGAAUGAUGUUGCCCUGAGAUGAAUACAUGGUGAUGUUGUCUGAUUUGCAGCCCUGCUUAUUAGUUUCUGCAGAAUAAUUGUUACGUGGCACUGAGAUUGGAGCCGGGCAGUAGCUUUUAGCUACAAGAGCGUGUGCUUAUUUAUGGAGAGUUCGAGACAUGUUAAUAUGUAAUCUUUUCCGUAAUUAUAUAUUGCAUUGUACCGUGAUUUGCAACUA